AUGGAUAACCCUGAAGGUGGCAGCUUCAGUACGCCACUUAAAAGACGAGAGCCUGAAACUCGUAAGCUAGGUUCCGUAUCUUACUCGAACAGAACGCAUCCCAUUUCGCGCCCAGAUGAAGACAACGUAAACAAAGAGAAUGAAGAACAAUUCGAGACCUCUGGAAGCCGGCGGAUUACAGACAACUCGCCAUGGAAGCGAGCACGACUAGCUCGCUACGCUAGCCUGCCGAAACAGGACCUGUCUCGCAACAGCAUGGACUCUUCGCCUGCUGUGAUAGAAAUGCUGGAUCGAACUGUUAACGGCCAAGACCAGCAACUCCAUGAUGAAGGAAUGGACGAUGUCCAGGAAGAAAUCUCGGAAGCUAUCAGCAGUGCAGUGAGAGAUAUUUCCCACAGCGAACUCCCCAAUCACGAAAAUGAGCAUCAAACUUCGUUGUUCCGCAACUUGUUAUCACCUGCAAGCGGAGGCUCACCAGAGAAACGCCAACUCACACCUGAGGGAACUCGCGAUCCAGAUAUGUCCAAUUUGGAUAGCUUAACGCCGCUCAAAGGCUACGUCCAAGGCUCGGAAAAUGGUAUAAUUCAAACGCUACAAAGUCGCUUCCGUCAAGAGCUUAGCACGUACGAGCAGCUAUUACGCACAAAAAAUCAGCAAACAGAUGAAUAUCGCAAAAAAACCGUGUCCUGCUUUGAAAAGAUCAAGACACUGGGCGACAAGUUGGACGAUCAGAAACUAGCAUUUUCCUCUCUUUGGGGAGAACACGAAGUAUUAAAAGCGUCACACGCCGCCCGGGAAUCCAAUUGGGAUGUUCAGGCUCAAGAGCUAAAUAAGGUAUCGGCGGAUAAAAUAAAUCUCGAGGAGAGAGUCAUAAAAUUAAAGUCGAAACUGUCAGAAGUACGCAAUGAGAUGAAGAUGCUUAAUCAAAACUCCCAAAUACUGCAGGGGAAAUUCCAGGUUCAGAUUCAAGACAACGAAACCUUCAAAAAACAAAUUUUAGCACAUGAAGAAUUCGAUAGCAAGCUCCAGUCGAGGAUGGAAAAUAUCAAAACCGAAAGGGAUCAUCUGAAAGUUGAAAAAGAUCAACUGGAAAUUGAAGUAACGACUUUGAAAAAUACUAAGUCUGAGCAUGAGCUUGAAAGCCGAAUGCUUCGCCAAAGAUUGUCCAAUCUCGAAAACCAGCUCCACGACAAGGAAAACACAUGCAAGGAACUACAAUAUACCGUGGACUGCUUUGAGGAUACCAAAAGACAAUCUACGACGGAACUUGAGAACCGUGUCAGUGAACUGUUGAAGGAUAACAAGCGUCUACUUGGAGAAGUAGAUGCUGCAAAUAUUUUACAGAUCGAGCUCAACGAAAGCAUGUUAAAGCUCAAUACUUCAGAAAGCGACUUGAAGGUGGCUGAUAAUAAACUAAAAGAACUCCAGGAAAAAUAUACGGAAUUAGAGACACACGCGGUUCACCUCGAUGAUCAGUUGAAAGAUGAUCAGGCUAAGCUAGAAAAUAUCACUGAUCUAAUGGCUAUAAAGUCAGCCGAGCUCGAAGAAGCAAGUCACGACGUCGAAGAACUGCGACAAACGAACUCGCACUUAGAAGAGUUUGUGAAAAUCCGCGAUGCCGCGGUGGAGGAAUGGAAGUCUAAGUAUGACGGAAAGUGUGCGGAAAACAACAAACUUUCUGUUGAAAUUGAAAGCUUUCAGUUCAAGAAUGGAAAUUUGGAGUCGGAACACUUGGUGGAACUGGAACAGCUGCACCAGCAAAUGACAUCAUUGCAACAGACUCUGCGAUCAAAUUCUGAAAAAAUCGAUUCAUUAGAGAAGGAGAAAAAGGCGCUCAGAUCCCUACUCGACACCGCAGAAAAAUCUGCAAAGCUGGAUAAUACUACUGAGCCUUUAGUCAGUAAAGACAACAUAAUUGCAGAUUUAGAGCAGCAACUACGCGAGAAAGACUCCGACGCCAGCAAAAGGUUACAGCUACUUGCAGAAGAUCUUUACAUACAGUAUUCUUCGAAGCACGAGCAAAAGGUCAAGAUGCUCAAGAAGGGUUACGAGGCCAAAUAUCAAGACAGAUUCGAAAAACUGAACUUGGAGAAUACGGAACUUCACGACGAGCUUAACCAGCUCAAUAGCACUCUGCGCGCGGAAAGAGAGGAGAAGCAGCGUCUCGUUAAAUUGCUGAACAAGUAG